AUGGUUAAACCAAUUAUUUCGCCAUCCAUUUUAGCUUCAGAUUUUGCUAAUUUAGGUUGUAAUUGUCAAAAAGUUGUUGAUACUGGUGAUGUUGAAUGGUUACAUUUAGAUGUUAUGGAUGGUCAUUUUGUACCAAAUAUUUCAUUUGGUGCUCCUAUUAUUAGUGCUUUAAGAAAACAAUUUCCAAAAACUGGAGAUAAACCAAUUAUUUUUGAUUGUCAUAUGAUGGUUUCCGAUCCUGAAAAAUGGAUUGAAGAUAUUGCAAAAGCUGGUGGUGAUUCUUAUACGUUUCAUUUUGAAGCAACUAAAGAUCCAAAUUCAAUUAUUGAUUUAAUUAAAAAACAUGGUUUAAAAGCUGCUAUGGGCAUCAAACCAAGUACUCCAAUUGAAGAAGUUUAUCCUUAUGCGGAUAAAUUAGAUAUGGUUUUAGUAAUGACUGUUGAACCAGGUUUUGGUGGGCAAAAAUUUAUGGCUGAUAUGAUGCCAAAAGUUGAAAAAUUAAGAGCUAAAUAUCCACAUUUAGAUAUUGAAGUUGAUGGUGGUUUAGGUAAAGAUACUAUUCAACCAGCUGCUGAUGCUGGUGCUAACGUUAUUGUUGCUGGUACUUCAGUUUUUAAACCAGAAGAUCCAAAAGAAGUUACAAGUUUUCUUAAAUCAACAGUUGAGAAAGCCAUUGAAUCUAGAUCUAAAUAG